GCCAAGUGUGUUCGUGCACACCUGUAAUCCUGGCACUCAGGAGGAUGAGGCCAUCCUGGGCUACAAAGUGUGACCCUAUCUCAGACAACCAAAACCUAUUCAGAAUGAAGAGGUAGCAGAGAUAAUGUUAAAGAGGUUAGUUUCUCAUGGAAUUAAUUUGGGCUUGAUGUUCAAUAUUUGAAAAUGGAAAACUAUUCCCAGAUGGAAAGCCAGUCUUACUUUAGAGAAUCCUUUUCUAAUACUUGUUAUCCGAAGGAGAUUAGUUUAUACCUUUGAACCCCAGCAGUUGUUGGCCCCAGCUGCUUUAGAGAAUGAAUCUGCCUGCUGCUCAGUGUUUCUGGCUCGUGGGACUCAAUUCAAGUCUGGUCAAGUCCUGUUGGCAGGGGCUUUUCUCAGUUUUAGCCUCAUGUGUCUGCAUUCUCUCAUGACUCUACUUGUUCAGACAUAGCUAGGUCAGCUCUUCAGAAUGCAUGCAGCACAAGACUUAAAAAACAUUAAUUGCUUCAUUUGUAUACAAAUAGUGGUGGAGCAUUGUGUCUUUGUCUAAGUUCAUUUAAUACUCGAAACCGUCUUUGCCUCAGAGGAGAGUGCCUUUACUAAGACGGGCCAUGUGAAUGGUACAUUUAUUCCUGGAGAGGGUGGACUGUUGACAUCAUGUCUGGACUUUUGUCUAGUUGGGUAGACAGUUCUGCUACACAAGCAGUCCCUUAGAAAAGAAGCCUACAUAGACACUGUUUUGUGUCUUCUAUGGUUUUGAAUCGCGGCCAACAGAGAAAUAUCUUAACUGUGCUUUAAUUGUGGAGCAAGGAGUAAUGAUUCAGGGAGCAAAGAUUAAAAACAGUUGGUUUAAUUCUUGGAGAGAACCGGGAAGGUCUUGGUGUGGGUUCUGUUCAUUUCGAGCCCUGGUCUCACUGGAAGUGGAUGUGAUUAAUCAGGACAUGCCCGGCUCUGACUGCUCUCUGUUGUGCAUGAAGACCAGCGGGGCUGGGGUGUGGCUCCUUGGUGGAGCGUGCCUAGCCUGUGGGAGGCCUUGGCUCCAACCCUCAGCUCUCUCCCAAGACUGGCCCAUCACAGGACGCAAUUCGGUAAAGUUGAAUUCAAGCAAAAGUAGUUAAAAAUAUUGAAUCAGGUGUCUGAAACAAGGAGGAGGGGAGGGGCUUUGACACAGGACUGCGGACAUUGCAGUUUUCUGCAGACUCUGAAUUGCACUCCAGAGUAAGGUGUAUUUUAAGUGAUAUACUGUAGAAAAUAGGGGAUCCUUUUUUGUCAGAAAAUUGAAAAAGCAAUGAUAUAAAACUUCUCAGUGUCUUAUUUCUAAGCAGAUUUGUGUGAAUUUUGUGUAGUGUUUCUUAGCUUCGUUUACCCCAUUUCGAGAAGUCCCUACUGGGAGUGAGAAGCGACUGCAAAGUCUAGACUGUGCCCGUUUGAGGCACACUUGUGAAGGAUAUGAGACCUCAGAGGGAGCAGAAUUGGGCCCACUUCGCACAGCCUGGCUUUUGCUUCUGUCAUCUCGGUGAGGAGCACUGUACAGGUGUCUGCCAUCCUUUCUUUCCGAUAUGUAGGCAGGACAUGGAAGCCCUUCAAAUGACCAGUUCUGUGGAGGAACAAUUACUACUCACUGGCUUCCUGUGCAGCUUGAUAAUGCUCUGCUCCUGAUUUCAGCCAGGCUGCAGCCGAGGCAAUGAUUUGAUAAUAAGAGAUCCUGAUUAAAUUAAGGAGCCAUUUGCUUCUGGAUGAUGAUGUUUAUGAAAGGGUUGAUGUCCACACUCCCUGUCCCCCUCCCCAAGGUCAAAAAAAAUGGUCUUUUAAUAUUUGGUUCAAGUGAAAUACUCAGAUGAAGCAUAAAAUUGUGCUUUCUUUUCCUUCCUUGUUACUUUUGGGAAAGGCUUGUUGCUUUCCCAGCUGGCCCUCUUUGCCUCAUCAUGGCAGAGUUGAAGUUAAAGGGCCCAUGUGUAGUGAGGCUGGGGAUUGAGAAACCCUGGAGUCCAGCACUGUGGAGCCCUUGGUCACAGAAGCAUGGUUCUGUGGAUGCGUGUGCGUGUUCAUGCUUGCCUGUACUUUGAGACAUUUGCUUUAGUCGGGAAUGGCUGUGCAGUGUUUCUGUCCCGACUCAGUAAUGGAGCUACGGUGUUUGUUGGCACGGUAGCACACCUAGAGUGUUUAGACAAGUAGGAUGAGGAGGGGCUUGAGAUGUUCCUAGGUGUGUCACUGUUUGGCCCAUUUGCGUCACCUUUGCAGAGGUGACAGUGGUGGACAGAUGGGGUUGCAGUGCCCGCCUGGCUUGGGACCGUGCGCUGCCCUCCGCAGCAACUGAGCGCCCGGGGACCACGCGGAGCUUGUAAUUGGCCGCUAGACCACACCUAUUAUUGAGUGCGGCUGCUGCCUGAAGACCUCAGAGCUGCCCGGAUCGCUGGCUUGCACAGCCAGCCUUCUGCACAGUCCAAGGAGCUGCAGGCUGCUUCGGCGAUGCCGGCUUCGCCUGCCGUCCACAUGCUGCAGCUUCUGCGGGAGCUGCUGGCCUUCGUGCUGCUCAGCUACACUGUGCUGGUCGGGGCGCUGCUGCUGGCCGGCUGGACCACCUACUUCCUGGUACUGAAGUGACAGCACCCCCACCCCACCCCGCGCUUCAGCCGCUUCCUGAGCUAAAGAACGAACUCUCCUCGUUUCACCCGUGCCUCCUUGAGAGACAGCCCCGACCCGAGCCCCCUGCCCAAGCCCGCAGCGCCAUGCGCGACUCCACUCCACACCCUCGUCCCGCGCUGAAACUCCGGCGGUUGGGCGCCCGCCGGAGCCGUUUUGGUCGUUACCCUGAGUCCCGCCCUCUCCCUUCCCGUCUGCCCAAUCCCAACUGCGUCCUCGGGUGGGGGCGUGGCCAGGAGGCCGCGUUCCUUCUGGUUCGGGAGCCGGCGCCCCGCGGAGGCUCCCGGAGAUGCGUCACUUCCGGCGAGCGCGUCCGACGUACGCCCGCCCCCCGCGGAAUGGCGGCUCUGAGGACUUGGCUGUUGCGGAGUUUAACUUCCCACUUGAGGCUCAGACAGUGUGUUCCUGUCGUGACUAACUCCAGGAAGCGCUUUUUGUUGGAACUGCUGAGACCAUGGCACAAAACCGUGGUGGCUGGAUUCGGCGUGGCCCUGUGCGCCGUGCCUGUUGCUCAGAAAUCGGAGCCUCAUACUCUUAGUAAUGAAGCACUAAUGAGAAGGGCUGUGUCUCUGGUAACGGACAGCACCUGUACUUUUCUCUCUCAGACCACUUAUGCGCUGAUUGAAGCAAUCACCGAAUACACUAAGGCUGUUUAUACGUUAAUUUCUCUGUACCGACAAUAUACAAAUUUACUGGGGAAAAUGAAUUCACAGGAGGAAGAUGAAGUGUGGCAAGUGAUCAUAGGAGCCCGAGUUGAGAUGACUUCCAAACAGCAAGAGUACUUGAAGCUGGAAACUACCUGGAUGACUGCAGUUAGUCUUUCAGAAAUGGCAGCAGAAGCUGCGUACCAAACUGGAGCUGACCAGGCGUCAAUCACCUCCAGGAAUCACAUUCAGCUGGUGAAGUCACAGGUGCAGGAGGUGCGCCAGCUUUGCCAGAAAGCGGAAGCCAAGCUUGCAGAGGCACAGACCCAAGAGCUGCGCCAGAAAGUGCAGGAGGGCGAGGAGGAAAGGGCCGACCAGGAGCACGAGGCCUACCUGCGCGAGGACUGAGGAUCAGACACCCCGGCCGGCCGGCAGCUGCUGCCUGGCUGAUAGGGCCUCGUGUGAGCGCCUGGGCCGGCCUUUCCUUCACGAAGUUGUUCAAUGGCGGCGCGCUCCCUGUCUGAUGACCUCACACCUGUUUUGCCAACCUGGGCCACCUAGGGGGUCCCCUCUCUGUCAUGCUGUAAUGUUCAACAGCUAUUUAGCUCUAGUUUUCAGUGUUACUCGGAUACCAAGGUACCGCUUAGCAUUUGCUCCCUCCCGGGGGCUGGAGUUGGAGGGCGGGAGCAUCUGUUCUGGGGAGUUCUCUUCGUGUGUGAGGCCCCAGGCUGAAUGCGCGGCUGGGCCAAGGAGUGGAGACUGGGCAGGGUGGGUAUGUGUACCCCGUUCUCGCAACAGAACUAACCCCAAUAUGUGCCUGCCCUGGCCUUGCCUCCUGUCCUUGGAGUUUCUCUAUCCAAAAGAGAAUUUUUUUUUUUUCCAUUUCAAAAA